UUUUGCAUUGAUCACUGAGAGGGCUUGGAGAGAGGAGGUGAGGUUCUGCUGCCAUGAUGCAGGGUCUUUGGGCUCUGUGUCUGUCGGCUCUCCCGGCGUUGCUCCUGGCCUCACCGCUGGAGGUGGAGGGAGACAGGAAUGCCUCGCGGAUCUGUAAGCCUGCUCCACGCUGGGACAUAUCAGGACAGGCUCCCAUGUCUGAGCUACAGGGGAAAGUGGUGGUCGUCGCUCUGCUGAAAGCAAGCUGACACUUCUGUCUCACGCAGGCUGCCAAAAUAGGGAACCUGCGUGACAAGCUGGCCCGCGGCGGGUUGACCGAGGUGGCGUUUCUCAUCGUGAACGAGCAGGCCGCCGAGUCCAGGGCCAUGUACUGGGAGUUAAAACGCAGAGCGGCUAAGGACAUCCCAGUUUACCAGCAGACUCCGCUGCAAGACGACGUCUGGAAGGCCCUACAGGGAGAGAAAGAUGACUUCUUGGUGUACGACAGGUGUGGCCUGCUGACCUUCCACAUUGUUCUGCCGUACAGUUUUCUCCACUUUCCGUAUGUAGAGGCAGCCAUCAUAGCCACUUACGUCAGAGACAUCUGUAACUGCACCCUGAACUCUACUGCUGCUGUCAACAACACGUUGCUUAUGGGAGAGAAACUCAAAAGGUCCAAUGGAACUUCGCCUGUCUCUCCACACCCAAACACCCGACACACACAUCAUCACCACCACGAACGUCCUCAUAGUCAUUACCUGUCAGAGGCCCAGGGACAUGGUCAGGGGAACGUACACACAGCUCAUGAUUCCCAAAGUCAUGACCACAGUGAAAGCCCAGAGGGUCCAUCUGCUAAGCUCUCUGUAUAGCCUCGCUAAAGAUUCCCCGCUAAAGUUUACCAUCGUCCCCAGGCACUGGUGGGCAAGCCUUCCACUGCAGACUUAGUACCAACAGAACCCAAAACACACCUGUCCACGUCCAGCAGAUCAAGGCCCUGUGGACCCUGUCUGUAGAUGCCUGAGGGGUCGACGGCCCUGUGGACCCUGCCUGUAGAUGCCUGAGGGGUCAAAGGCCCUGUGGACCCUGCCUGUAGAUGCCUGGGGGGUCAAAGGCCCUGUGGACCCUGCCUGUAGAUGCCUGGGGGGUUGUCGGGAGGUUGGCAUGAUUAAGUCUGCAGAGGAAGGCUUGCUCACCCAUGUCCUAAUGUUAGUGAGUGGAGGUUUUAUUUUAGGUUUGGUUUGACUGUAGCUUGGACUUUUGUCCUAUGAUUAUAUCUAUAUGAAUAUGUAUUCUGAAUGAAACGUGCGUCAUCUAGCGUUAACUUUUACUCUUGGUCUUUUUCAGCUAUCAUAAUUAUAGUAUUAUAUAGAUCUCUUUGAUUAACUGUCUCACUUUUCAAUGUUAUAAACCUGCUUUGGACUCAAACUGAAAUCAGCAAUUCAUAUCACACUUUUGGGUGUUUGGGUGUGUGUGUGUGUGUGUGUGUGUGUGUGUGUAGCGGGGGGGGGGGGGUCACGUGUGAGUGUAUGUGUUAGUCCUGAAUUUCUCCUGGCUGCUCUUGAUGAAGUGUGCACUGUAAACCUGACUCUGGUGUUUGUACACGGAUGCCGAGCUUGUUCCGUGGGGGAAUUUCUGAGCUGGAGCGUUCUUCACACGUAACUGAUAAGAAUGUAUUGGACUAAGAAUGUACUAGAAGGGUCUUAAUUAUAUAACUUGUGUUUUUGAGUCUGAAGCUUUGUUAAGUGAAAAGGGUAGAUUGUAAUAGUGUACAAAUUUUCUGAAACCCUAAAAGAAAAUGUAAAAAAAAAAAGGGGGGGGGCAACAUAAAUGUUUAUUGUUCCAUUAGGAUCCUGAGACACCAGCAACUGUUAUUAUUCUGACCUCUUCCAUGAACUGAAAUAAAAUGAUUUUUGUCCUUUU